UGUAUCUCUGAAAAGUUAUCUUGCUUGUUAAAGUGGUAGAGGUUAUAGGCUAAUUUAGUGUGUAUACAUACUGGAGUGUGCGCGCUAUAAGUCUCAUUGAUUUUACGAGCAUAAAAUGGCGUCGACAUCCGGCACAAAGUGUGAAGACAAAAUUAAUAAAGAUGAAAUUGGAGUUAAGGAGAAAAUAGUGAGCGAAUGUGGAAUAAUUGCCAGCGCAUCCGUUGCAGAAACGCGUUACCUAUUUGAUUUUACGAAAAAUGAUAGCGUUGAAACCUGGGAAGAGAUUUCCGAUACAGUACGUGACGUUGGAAUGUCUAAGGCUUUGAUUACCAUACAUAAAAAUAUUGGGUUUAGAAGAGCCAUAUUUUUUGUAUUACUAAAUCCUCAACUAAACGGUGCAGGUUUCGCAGGCAUGAGAGUUUUAAGUAAUUAUGACCUUAGUGGAUAUACGGCGCUCCAAAUUUACUGUAGAGGUCAAGGACAAUUUAAUCGUUUCAAAGUAACUUUACGGCACAAAGGUUUUAAUGAUGAAACGAAUUAUUCAUUCGAACAAUAUUUUCAGGCUCCCAAAGAUGAAUUCGCUGUACGUGAUUUAAGAUUAUCAGAAUUCAAGGCCUACUACCGAGGGAAAAAAGUAGUUAAUAACGAGACUUUGAAUUUAUCGCAAAUUACCAGCAUUGGAUUGCAAAUGUACGGCGGAGUGUAUCAAACAGUGAAACAAAAAGGACCUGCAACUUUAGAAAUUGAUUGGAUUAGAGCGGUUGUACUUUAGUUCUAAUUUUCAAAUCUGCUGGUCAUUAAUAAUUUAAGUUUUUAUAAUUUCAAAAUUAAAAUAUUAUACUAUGUCCUGGC